UUAAAAAAGUAACAAAUAGAAGAAGAAAUCAAAGUGAGAAUAGUUACAUAUAACAGGUACUAUUGAUGACUUAAAAAAAGUUCAGAACAAGGAUUUAACAAUUAAGCCUGAAGGUACAAAUGUACUAGACAAUCCUUAGGCCUGUGGUCUUAUACAGAAUUGAAAAAUAAAUCCUAACCAGAAAAAAUGAGUGACUGUUGAACAAGAGGUAAACAAAGAUUUUGCACAGGAUAUAUAACCUAACACCAGAAACAGAUUAGAGGUCAGUAGGAAGAAAUUAGGAAUUAAUGUACUUAUCUGGACCUUAUCUCCACCUUUAGGAAAGGAAGGUUAAGGUAGAUAAGUCAUGAGCACAGAAUGAAGAAAAAUAGAACCUCCAAGAUGAUUAUGGUGGGAUAUUCAGGCUGAAACAGAAAGAGAAGAAGGGCAAAGUGGUGGCAGAAAAAUAUGAAGUUGGACCUGAGAGGAUGCUUGGAGUUGAAAGUUGGAAGAGGGUGGUCAAGGCCAUGAUGGAGUUGAGAAGGAUUGUGGAGGAGGCAAGGGUUCUUCAUACCACCAUCAGGGAUAAGAUAGCAAUCCUUAUGAUUAUGAAUUAAGUAAAUUUCUUUUUAAAUUCAGAUAAAGCAGAAAUAAAUGUGGGUUUAUGGAGUGAAGAAUAAGUUUUUUUCUAAAUUAGAUAAUUGUAAAAGCUAAAAAUAAAAAUAACAUUAGAAAAUUGUCCUGCAGACAAGAAAACACCACAACAUGAUCUAAAUAAUCAGUAAGUAUGUUAUAAUAUAUUAGGAUCUUAAUAAAAUAAUGGACAAGCUUCAAAUAAUAUUUACUUAAACCUGAACAGGAUCAAAAAAGAAUAAAAAAGUAGAAGUAAAAUUUCUCAAGCAUUAAUUCCGAUAUUUGAGAAAAUGUAUAAAAAAUCAGAGUAGGCUAUAUAUGAAUUGUUAAAAUGGACCAAUUUCUGCCUACUUUCAGCUAUUGAGACUAACUAAUGGAGGGAUGGCUUUGACUAUUUUAAAAAUAAACAUAUACGUCCAACUUCAUAUUGUUCUGGUUUCUUUUGUGCAGCUCAACUCAAAUUUCAAAGUUUUGAACAGAGAAUUUUUUUCCCAAAGUACAGAAAUAUUAUAUUAUUGUUUCCAAGGUAACCCCUUCAUUUUUUUUUUUUUUUUUGCUAUAUUUAUCAUUAAACAUAUGUUUGUUUUGUUGUGUUUUUGUAACCUAUGUUCAGACUUAUUAUUGAAAAUAUAAUGUUGGAUAUUUUAUUCUAAAUCAAUUGGAAAAGAAUACAUAACUUUUACAAUAAAUGGACUACUCAGAAGAUCAAGAGGAGAUUAUUACCUUUGAAAGAAAGGAAUUACAAGAAAAAGAUUAUUAUCAAGGGGAGAGCAUUUCUGCAGACAGAACAGUAGAAGAUGAAGGUAAAUUAUAUCUAAUUAUUGGUUGUCUUGACAUAAGUACAAUGUUGGAAGUAGUGCUAAAAGAGGAAGAAGGAUCAUUUAUACCAAACUAUAAAACUAGUGAAGAUUUAAAAAUAGUAGACACAGGAUUUUCAACACAAACAGAGAUUGGAUCACUACCUCACAAUACUUGUGAGAAUAUAAAUACAAUACAGAAGAUAGAAAAGAUAUUCCAAUGUAGGAUUUGUGAUCAUAGUACCAAACGUUCAUCAGACAUGUCGCGACAUAUCAAGGAAGUUCACUUAAAAUAUAGACCAUACCGUUGUGGAAUAUGUGGGUAUCGAACAUAUAGGACUUACACUUUGAGAGUCCAUAUGCAAACAGUACACAGAGUAAUAAAAAGCCAUUGUCGUCACAUUAAAAAUAGCCCAACUGGUGUUUUGGAAGUGCCUCAGAAGUUGAAUAAUCAGCAAGCAUCAAAACAUGUUUUCACAUAUUCUAAUGGGAUGAAUAAUUUUUAUAAUUGUGUAAUGAAGGUAAACAAGAUAGAUAAAACUUUCUUUUGCUCAUUUUGUCACCUAAGAACCAAAUGGGCAGGCAGCCUCCGCAAUCACAUAUUUGCAGUUCACAUGAAGGAGAAACCCCAUAACUGUCCGAUAUGUAAAUACAAAUCCGCUGCACGUUACAGUAUAAUGAGACACAUCAAGGCAGUACAUAUGAAGGACAAGCCUCACUUGUGUCCUGUAUGUCCUUACAAGUCAACAAGGAGUGAUACUUUGAAGGUCCAUAUGAAAAGGCUUCAUCCGGAAAAUAGUCUCACAAGAAGUAGCUAAUAGCUUCAUAAGCGAGACAAAUGUUCUUGCAACUAAGGGACGACUCCUAUUAGAAAAAUCAGUUAUUUUAUACCUAACACAAAGUAUGAUGAUUUUUUAUGUCAGUGGAAUAGCACAAACCUAGUAUGAACAGUAGCAGAAACAAAUAUAGGGCUUUCUGGAAUGAAAACAAAAUGAUAAUAAAUAUAUUUAUUUAUUAUUGGUGAUUUAAUUUAUGAUUUAAAACAUUUUUUCAUAUUUGUACAAUUUUCAUUAAAAAAUUAUAAGCUCUUAAGGUGAAACUUUGUUUUUUUAAAGCAAUAAUCGAAAUAUUUUAUCAUUAUUUAUUAUUCAAGAUAAUUUAACAAUCUGUUGGAACAUCACUUAAUCUAGGCUUAAAUAUAUAGAUAACCUGCCAAUACUUUCAAUGCAAAACUGUUUUUGUUUUAUGUUUCAUCCGUUUACACAGUUUCGGCAAAGUUACUUUUAGCUUACAAAAAAUGUGGGCUAGAAACGUUUCGUUUUAUUUCAAAUGGAACCUGACCUAGCUUAGAUUUAUAGUAAGCUAUUAUUAUUUUUUUUUUAAGUUACACACUUCUGACUAUUUGGCCAUUUGAAAGACCUUUUUCUUUAAUUAAUAUUCCUCUAUUAAUAUUUUAUAAUCAAAACCAGAUUUCAUCAAUAGUGUGACAUGUCUAUUUUUCUUAAAAUCUAUUUUAUGUCCAUUUUUCCUUAACACAAUUUUGACUGCAAUCUAAAAAUAAUUUUUUGGAGUUCUUAUUUUUUCUGUUUACAUCUUAUGAAAUUUGAUCUUUAGACUUUAGGAUAAAAUUCUUUUCUUCUUUUAUGGCAUUACGGACAGUCCACUGGAGCCGUCUAAACUCAAUUAUUCUUAUAAUAUUAGGUUCUUGUACAUUUCCCAUAACUCUGCAAUGGUUCAGACCAUCUAUGAUCCAUUAUUAAGCAAGGCAUUCAAUAUUUUCCUUUAUGAUAUUCUAUUUCUCCCUCCUUGUUGUCUUUCACAUUGAGGGCAUUUUAUGCCAGUCACUUUCCUUUGCUAGCAUUCUCAUAUCUCACUGCUCAACCCUUCUCUCUUCCUUUUUUGAUAUUUUUAUUUCUCAAUAUUUAUUGGUGCACCUCUUGGUCUCUCUUCUGUAAGUUUUGACUCAAGUAGUUUCAUGGAUUUUUUUUCUUGGUUCAUAACACUACCAAACCAUAAGAGCAUUUACCUUUCUAAGGCUUCCAACAUUUGUAGUUUCUUGACAUCUUCCGGGACAUAAUCACCACGUUCUGUGAGUACAAGCCUUUAGGCCUUUAAAAUUUUCACUUUCUCUCAAUGGAAGUCAAUUGCCACAAGGUUACACAAUUUUUUAUGACAAUUGAUCUAUACUAAGACUGAAAUAAAUUUUUGAAGUGAUAAUAGAUGUGGGAAAUUCUCUAUGGUUGAGUGGCGAAAAAAAUAACAUUUAUAAUUCUCCUUUUUUAAUAAUUAUUUUGGUUUAUACAGAACAACAGAUUUUUUUUUAAUCUAACACUCAUUAUUUCCAUAAAUUUGAAAUUAAAAGUAGAGGCUUCCUGAUUCUUGAAGUUCUCUUGUUGCAUUUUUUAUUUUUCACAUGGUUUUGGUUAUUUCAAUGAUUUAAUUAUCUAUGACCUCUUUGCUUAAAUUGAAAUAGAAAUUACUGAAGACAGAAAAAAAAACCUCAAUGUAGCAAAUAAUUUAAAUAAUAAUUAAAAAAAAAACAGUAUUUUGUUUUAUUUUUAAAACAUUUGAAUGUUUUUUAUUUUAUUUUAGAAAUAGUGUACAAAUUUAUUUAAAUUUGGUUUGCAUAAAAAAUUAUAUUUCAAACAAUGCGGGUAUUAAGAUAAAGUAUUAGAUUCACCUUCUAAAAUACCACCUCUUGAUCUAAUAAGUUCAGAAACAUAAGUGUGUCCACAUAUUUUUGCCAAUGUCAAAGGAGUUUGAUUAAGUGCUGUCUUAGCAUUAAUAGAUGCGUGAUUUUCCAACAGAAACUUGACAACCUUUUUUCUCCCCCAAAAAGCAGCUUCAUGAAGUGGAGUAUAUUUACUCUCAUCAGCUAUGCAGUCAACCUGACCACCAUUACAUGCAAGCAGUAUUUUUACGAUAUCAACAUGGCCUCCUGAACAUGCCAUAUGGAGCGGCAGUUGACCAGAACUGUCUUUAGAUAAUGGAUCUACUUUUUGUUUCUCUAACAGCUGUUGCAGAAACUUAGUCAUGCCCUUGUGUGCUGCAUGAUGAAGGAGUGUUGCUCCUUCUGAGUCCAAAAUGGAGAAGUCUGCUCCUUUGUAUAACAAAUGACAGGCGAUUUCUUGAUUUCCUCCUUUCACUGCCUUAACAGAAUAAUUUUUAAUAUAAAUUUGAUUAUAUUUAUUGAUUUUUAUUUAUUGUUAAUGGAUAAACAACUAGGUUAAUCAUGAGGAAUUAAUUGAAAAAAAAUAAUACUUAUACCUAUGUAUUCUAAAACAUCCCGAAGUUAGUUACAUGUUUUAUGAUUUAUUUAAAUUGAUACUAAGAAAAUUCAACUAAGAAAUCAUAAAAAUAUAUUAAUUCGUCAAGAGAUAUUUUAAACAAAUAUCAUCUUUUCACACAAAAACACACAUACAGGUUGAAUCUUUAUCAAAACUAUGGUUUUGUAAAAAAAAAAAAAAAAAAAAAAAUUGUGAUUCAAACUUAGAAAUCACUGUAUGCCACCAUUCAUUCUUAGAAAUUCAGAAAUAGCUGCAAGACCAUUAUAAUGUGAGAAGUUCAAAGGGGUCUCUCCAUAUUUAGUAACAGGAUUUAUAUCAACACCAGCCUCCAGUAAACAGUAUAUUACUGGUAAGUUAUUCCAAAAGGCUGCUUCAUGUAGAGGAGUCCAGUGGAUUUCAUCCUAGGAACUAGGAUUGGCUCCGAAUCUCAAUAGUAACUUGACAACUGAUAAAUGACCUUCAUGGCAGGCCAAGUGUAAUGGUGUUUUACCACAGUCAUCUUCCCAAUCAAUCAUAUUUAAAUGUCCUAAAUCUUUGUUAGUUAAUAUUUGAUCAAUAAUACUGGUCAUUCCGUUCUUAGCAGCCCAAUGGAGAAGAGACAUAUUAGUGUCAUCCCUUCCGACUGUGGCUGCUCCAAAUGAGAUAAGAUAAUCAGCUACAAGCCCUUCAUUUCCUUGCACGGCCUUUAAAUAGGAAAACAAUGUUAAUUUAAUUUUAACUUUGUUAAUAGGUAAUGUUUGAUAAUAGAUAUUAGCUACAGUAUCUUAAAUAUUUUUAUAUUUUACAAAAGCAAUAAAAUAAAUUCACAAAUAAGUGACUUAAUUAAUAAUUGAAAUUUUGGACAAUAGAAACAAAAAUUAUACAUCAAUAACAUUAUAUUUGCUGAUAAUCAAAUUAUCCUAAACCAAGACAGAGAGAACAUUAAUUACAUGUUAGAAAUACUUGUAAAAUUAAAUUAAUAAAGGAGAUUUAAUGUAAACUACAUAAAAACAGGAGCUCUUAAGGAUUCCUACAGAAGAGGUUAAAAUUGAACACGAUAUUUAAGCAGUGUAAAAGCUAAGUAUAUAGAGUCCUUCAUCUUCAUGAAGCUACUUCCACUACUGAUUAGUAAAAAGAAUAAGCGUUGUAGAAAUGAGGAAUGAAUAUAAAUAAGAAUGAAGAAGAAAUCCUCAUUUUUAAUUCUAGGUUCAUGAUAAUGGUUCUGCUAUUGGUGGGGGGAACUAGUUCAGCGAGUGGGCCUCAUGGUCCUUUUUGUCCCUGAUGGCUGCCUCCAUGAGGUUGUGGCCGCCUACGCAUCAGAUUGGGAGCGUUUAAGAUUCAGUUUGUGAGCCCAGAGAGAAAUAAAUAUUAACUGUUCGAGAUGAGAAUUGAUCCAGGCACUUUCGGAACCAGGCACUCUAGGACCCACGCAUCAACGUGCCUUGCUUCAUACUAAUAAAUCACAUACUUCCCAAUACAAAAAAAUUUGAUCUAUAAAUCUUUGAAACUGUCAAUAAAUAUAUUUCUAUUAAUACUAGAAACUGUGAAUGAGAGUUAGUAGCUAAAAUGGAGUUAUAUAGAAUUAUAGCUAUAUUUUCAGAUAGAAAAUGAUUCGAGAACCAAUAGAGAAGAACAAUAACAUCCUCACAGGAGAAAAAAGGUUAGUGUGGUUUGAUAAUCUUAAAAAAAGUGUUGUCUGAAAUCCUACCUAGGUUCAUCAUGGCAUGGUCAACGGAUGAAAGAAGUAUAUAAGGAAGAUAAAGAAAAAGCUGAGAAAGUAAAGUGGUAAAAGUUUUGGUAGGAGGUAGCAUCAGAAUGAAUACAUUUUGAAUAGAGAGAGAUAGAGAAAAAAUAUGAAAUAUAUUUAACGAUAUUAAAUAUCAAGGAAACCAUUGACCAGUAAAUAUUAAACUAAAAUAUAUAUAUAUAUCUUUUUCUCAUA